AUGUCUACCGAAGUCACCAAGGCAACACCUACCUGCUGCGGCAAGAACACCGGCGGCGAGUGCGUCUGCGCCAAACAAGCAACAUGCUCCUGCGGCAAGAAAUCUGCCCUCGAAUGCUCAUGCGAGAAAGCCGCAGCCGAAAACACCCUCACAGGUGCACGAUGCUCGUGCCGCGCCCGUCCCGCCGGCCAAUGUACAUGCGAGAACGCAACGCGCGAGAACGAACCCGUCGCUGGUAGCAAAUGUGCUUGUGGCUCCCGACCUGCUGGCUCGUGCACGUGUGAACUGGCCGACUCGAAGCCGAAUCCUAAUGAGGUGGACUUUACUAUGCAGAAGUAG